UUUCUUUUCCGAAAUUACCCCUGCCUCCCUCCCUAUCCAGCGUCCUGCCACCCAUGGAUCACCACCGCGAGGGCCAAACCUCCACCGCCAGACGAAGCUUGAAGAGGAAGCUUGAGCGGGAGUUCGAAGACCAGAGCGAGCAUCGCAAGGUUCUCGUCGUCGAGCCCCGCAAGGCUCACCGGGACCUGGCCAGAGAGGUCCUCGCCCACAUCAAUGUCCUCGACUCCACUUCCUUUUCCGCCGCCGAAGCCGAUCGUGCCUCCGCCAAGAGUGCCGCCGUUUCCCUCUCCGAACUCGCCAAAUACGAGGAUAAUGUGAAUGUGAUAGUGGAGUGCGGAGCAGUUCCGGCUUUAGUGAAGCAUCUCCAAGCACUGCCGGCCGUCAAAGAAGGUGACAGUGGUCGUAGGCCGUAUGAGCAUGAGGUGGAGAAAGGAAGUGCAUUCGCUCUUGGGCUUCUUGCUGUCAAACCAGAGCAUCAACAACUCAUAGUUGAUGCUGGAGCUCUACCCCAUCUUGUGGAUUUGCUAAAGAGGCACAAGAAUGGUUGUAACACCCGAGCAGUCAAUGGUGUUAUUAGGAGAGCUGCUGAUGCAAUAACUAAUCUUUCUCAUGAAAAUGGUUGCAUUAAAACCCGUGUCAGGAUUGAAGAUGGUAUUCCUCCUCUUGUUGAACUGCUUGAGUACACAGAUAUAAAGGUACAAAGAGCAGCUGCUGGGGCCCUGCGGACACUUGCAUUCAAAAAUGAUGAAAACAAAACUCAGAUUGUAGAAUGCAAUGCUUUACCAACCCUUAUACUAAUGCUUUGGUCUGAGGAUGCCUCUAUACAUUAUGAAGCGGUUGGUGUAAUAGGUAAUCUGGUCCACUCAUCCCCAAAAAUUAAAAAAGAAGUUCUCCUUGCUGGAGCUUUACAACCUGUUAUCAGAUUGCUUAGUUCCCGCUGUCAAGAGAGCCAAAGAGAAGCAGCUCUGUUACUUGGUCAAUUUGCUGGGGCCGACUCUGAUUGCAAGAUGCACAUUGUUCAAAGGGGUGCUGUCCAGCCAUUAAUUGAGAUGCUUCAGUCCCCAGAUACACAGCUUAGAGAGAUGUCAGCUUUUGCGCUUGGAAGGUUGGCACAGGACACGCACAACCAAGCUGGCAUUGCUCAUAGGGGAGGUAUCUUGCCUCUACUGAAGCUUCUUGAUUCAAAAAAUGGAUCUUUGCAACAUAAUGCUGCGUUUACUUUAUAUGGUCUUGCAGAUAAUGAGGAUAAUGUGUCAGAUCUUAUCAAGGUUGGCGGCAUUCAGAAACUUCAAGAUGGAGAAUUCACUAUUCAACCAACUAAAGAUUGUGUAGCAAAGACAUUGAAGAGAUUAGAGGAGAAGAUUCAUGGACGUGUACUAAAACACCUGCUAUAUCUGAUGCGGGUUUCAGAGAAGGCCGUUCAAACAUGGGUUGCCUUGGCUCUUGCUCAUCUUUGUGCCCCUGACGAUCGAAAGACUAUUUUUAUCCAUAACAAUGGUUUGGAGUUGCUGCUUGAGCUUCUAGAGUCUACAAGCCUGAAGCAGCAACAUGAUGGUUCAAUGGCCUUGUACAAGUUGGCUACAAAAGCCACUUCACUCUCUCCAGUGGAUGCUGCUCCUCCAUCACCAAACCCACAGGUGUAUUUGGGUGAGCAAUAUGUAAACAAUCCUACACUUUCUGAUAUCACGUUCUUAGUUGAAGGUAAACAGUUCUACGCUCACAGGAUUUGUCUGCUGGCUUCUUCGGAUGCAUUCCGAGCAAUGUUUGAUGGUGGUUACAGGGAGAGAGAUGCCAAAGACAUAGAUAUUCCAAAUAUUAGAUGGGAUGUUUUUGAGUUGAUGAUGAGAUUCAUAUACACUGGAUCAAUCGAAGUCAACCUUGAGAUUGCCCAGGAUCUCCUCAAAGCUGCUGAUCAAUAUCUUUUGGAUGGUCUUAAGCGUCUCUGCGAGUAUGCCAUUGCUCAGGAUAUUUGUGUAGAAAAUGUUUCCAUGAUGUAUGAGUUUUCAGAGGCCUUUAAUGCUAUGUCUUUAAGGCAAGCAUGCAUACUGUUUAUUUUGGAGCAGUUUGACAAAUUGAGUGUCAAGCCAUGGUAUUCCCACAUGAUAAAAUGCGUUCUACCAGAGAUGCGGAAAUUCUUCACCAAUACACUUUCUAAGCCAGUCCAAGCUGACUUGCGGCAAGAAUAGAUGAUACUUGAGUUUUGAUGUUUGGCUAACUAUUAAGAAGGGAGAUGAAGAACGUACAUAACGUUGUAGAUCAUUUUUUAGAGUCAUUGAGCCAGCGGGAGUAGAUGUCAUACAAUGUAAUUCCUCAUGUUGAUCGAGCUGCAUUUGGCAAAAGGUCCUUGUGAUGCUCACUUUGUUAAUAGUCGGGUUUUAUCCCGUUCCAAUAAAUUAACAGAAUUAACAACUUUAUUAAUAAGAUUUAGUUUGAACA